CGCUGCAGCAUAUCGUUGACAGUGCGACAAUUGGGCGCUUGAUUUCGAAUAUUGCUUAUUCAUUCAGAGACCAGCGUGAAACAUACACGAAACAACGUGUACGAGAUGUCGAAGGUUACGGAAUGUCCGAUAUGCUUAGAGAGUUUCGACAACUAUGUCAAGAAACUUUCGUGCGAGCAUCGGUUCCACCCGCGAUGCAUCGAUAUGUGGCUGGAAAUUGCUGGACAUUGUCCAAUCUGUCUGAGCUGUCCCACUAGCUACUCUUUGGAAUCGGCUGAUUUACCAUGCGGCGAAGAAUUGCAUGGUUCGACUAAUUAUACGUCCACAGAUCCGGAAAAUGUCCCAGAACCGAACGAUCCGGCUGUGGUAUCGGUUGAGGAUCCGCCAAACGCUGCUGCGUAGAACGGCAUGUUUGAUGUAUGGCCGAUAAUCCCGUUGUGUAACCCCGUAUGAUUGAACAAUUUGGUUGCUCAGCCAGAGGCUGCACCGAUUGAAUUGCCACGAACUACAUACGGUUCGUAUCCAGUUUAAAUCAAUGUACGAACACCGAUGGAAGAAAUUCAUCCGACCAACUUAACAUAUUUUUUUCCCCCCCGUUCACUAUUGUCUUAUUUCCUAUCUAACCCAAGACCAUAUCCACCACCAUAAGGAUAUGUAACACGAAGAAUACUUGUGAAACUGUUGGGAAAUAAAAGACAUUCAGCGGUUUUCGUUUUUCAUUAA